AUGUCGAAUUCCUACGACGAAUUACUCGAAAAAAUCACCGCCUCAACAUUAACUACUGAAAAUUGGGAUGGAAUCCUCACGUUUUGUGACAAGAUCAAUGGAGAUAUCGAUGGGUGUAAAUUAGGACUGAAAUCGCUUAAAAAACGCCUUAACAACCGCGAUCCUCAUGUUGUUAUGAUGGCGAUAUCUGUACUCGAUUCAUGCUGGGCCAAUUGCGGCGAGAAAUUCCGCAAAGAAGUGUCUUCCGGGCAAUUUAUUAACGAGCUCAAAGCUCUUUCAACAAAUAGUCAGAGACUUGUUGCUGAAAAAAUGAGAAUCACUAUCAAAAAAUGGGUCGACAAUGAAUGCAAAAAAGAGCAAUUUCUUUCAUUGAUUGUUUCAUUGUUCAAACAGCUUAAAGAAGACGGGUAUUCGUUUGAAGUCGACGAUCCGAAAAAGAAAACUAGCGUAUUAAACUCGAAAUACGCAAACGACCCCAACUAUGUUUCUUCUGCACAAGAAGAAGAGGAGAUCGCGAAAGCUAUCGCAGCUUCUCUAGCCGAUGCUGAAAAACAGGAUAAGAUCAAGAAGACGACGUCGUCUUUGUACCCUUCAACUAAUAAGGCGACAACACCGAACCAAAAUUCAUCAGCGAAUAGCGCAAAUGAGCGCAAGGUUCGUGCUUUGUACGAUUUCGAAGCGGCCGAAGGAAACGAGCUCUCGUUCGUUGCUGGCGACAUUAUCACUGUUACCGACGAAAGUAAUGCCCACUGGUGGACUGGUCGUAUUGGUGUUCAGCAAGGCUUAUUCCCAUCCAGCUUUGUGACCAACGAUCUCGAAGAAGCGAGCAUUCCCAAACAAAUGGAAGCUAAGAAAGAGCCCGAGGUUGUGGCGACAAUUAACGAAGCAAUAUUGUCAAGAUGUUUGAACGUUUUGCAUGAAUGCGAUCCAACUGGAGAACGACCGGAUCCCGCUGAUCUUGCGCAACUUGAAGCCGCCUCAUAUGCUCAAGGUCCUCUUAUUGAUGCUCAACUCGCUAGCAUUGAUAGGCAGAGCAACGCUUUAGCCCAGAUUGAUAUUGCUAUUCGUGAUGUUCUCGCCUUGUACGACGACGCGAUCCAAAAAGGAGGCUAUCAGCCGUACACAGCAGCUCCACCAACUGCGGCCCCAAUCCCACCACCUCAGCCGUACGCAUACACCAACCAACCCCAAGCCUACCAGCAGCCAUAUUACCAGCCACAAGCGCAACAGUACCAGGUGGCUUCAGUUGCUACAGCAGCCGGUGCUGCUCAACAGCCAGUGCCGCCGCAAUAUUAUCCGACACAGCCGAAUGCUGCUCAAUGGAAUGGUGCUCCAACGCAGCAGUAUUAA